AUGAUACGGAUUUUCAUUUCAGAAAAUAAUUUCUUCAUACCUCCUACUUGUCGAGUUAAUCAAAACCUUACCGAAUUACCUUCAGCAUCUCCGUCUCAUAACAUCAUACACCCGAAUGUACAAUCCACAUUUAUUUCGUCAAGGUCGUCACUUUCACAAAUAACCACCCAAGCUGAAGUUGAAUUUCCAGAAGAUGUUAUCGUUCGCUCUACAAGUGACCAUAUUCAUUCAAUUGUAUCGACCAUUUAUCCGUUUUUUGAAAACCAUCUUGAUGAUCCAUCAUAUUUUCAAGAUAAAGUUAUUUUGGUCAUUACAAAUAAAGAGGUUGAUGCUAUCAAUGACUACAUGUUAGGAUUGAUGAAAGAUGAAGGGAAAACUUGUUUGAGUUCAGAUUCUUUAUGUAAAACAGAGUCAACAGAUUGUUUUGAAGAAUUAGUUUACUCUCUGGAUGUAUUGAAUGUGUUUAAAGCAUUUGGAAUUCUCAACCAUAAACUUACACUAAAAACAGGUGUUCCGGUCAUGUUGCUUCGUAAUAUCGACCAAAACAAAGGUUUGUGUAAUGGUACUAGGUUACAAAUUGUUAGGUUUGGAAAACAUGUCAUUGAGGCACAAAUUAUAGCUGAUAGAUUUUUCAAUGAGACUACUUAUAUACCUCGAAUGAAGUUAACUCCAUUUGAUAAAAGAAUCCACUUCCUUUUUCAGCGGAGGCAAUUUCCCGUCGAUGUUUGUUUUGCUAUGAACAUUAACAAGAGUCAAAGACAAGCAUUAUCAAUUGUUGAAUUGUAUUUGCGUAGACACGUCUGUACUCAUGGUCAGUUAUAUGUAGUUGUUUCUUUCGUGGCAAGUAAAAAGGUUUGA